ACAACCUGUAGUGUAGUGUAGCCUAUCACAAUGUUAACUUAGCUGAAGUGUCAGGAUCUUACAGGGCAAUCUUACGGAACAUAUCUGGGGUUUUUUCACCCCUAAAGUGUCUUAUCUUCAUCUUGCAAUGACAAGCAGAAUGCAAUUCUUUCGAAUUGACGCUACAGGGAUUGGGUCGAUUUUCACAAAAUAUUGUUUUAACGUUAAUGUUAGCUAACGAAGUUGUCAAGGAGUUAACGUUAGCUCACGCCAAAAACAUUUAGGGAUGCAUAGGUUUUUUUGUUAACCCACUGUAUCCUGCACGAGUCUGACGGGCAGCUGUGGAAUUUAUUUUGAUAUAAGAUACCUGUGAGGGUAGGACUUGUUCAGCAUCGGAAAAGCCCGCAUGACGUGCUUGGGACCGUGUGUAUGAUAUUUUCCUGGAAAGGGUGGAGAGAUGCUCUCGCCAUCGAGAAAGGAAUUGGUAUCCUUAAACCUUCUCGAGCAGGGCAGAGGCUAUACCAAUGGAAAGCAGUGGCGGCGACAGUCGUGCUGGAGAAAAUGGAAGCAGCUAUCACGUUUACAGCGCAGCUUGAUCCUCUUCAUAACAGUGUUGGUGUUGAUUUGUGGCAUUGCCACAUACCCGUCCCUAACAGAACACUGGAGAGGGUUCUCAGACAGAGCUUUGAGGGAGGAAGGAGAGCUGAAGAAGGACAGCGACCCGAAGCCUUUCGCCCAGGAGCUUCCGAAACCGCCUGGGCUCAUUCUGCCAGAGCCGGCCUCUGAGAGGAAGGCGUCCCACAAGCGAGGCCCACCGCUGCUCCAGAACCGCCAGCAGAAGAAGGGGAACGCAUCGUCGGCCCUGCUGGCAGAAGGCAAACCCGAGCCAAAGAAUGCAGAGAAGGAGGAUGGGAAACCAGUUGUAAGUUGGCGUGGAGCCAUGAUUGAAGCGGACCAAGUGACAGAUCCUGCUGCUAAGGAGAAAGAGAACAAAGACAAGGCUGAUGCUGAAGCAGAGAAUACAUCCCUCUUGGAACCAGAGUCAGUCCGACUGGAGGCGGUGAGGGAGGCCUUUAGGCAUGCCUGGAAGGGAUACAAAGAUUUUGCCUGGGGCCACGACGAGCUGAAGCCACUCUCCAAGACGUACGGAGAGUGGUUUGGCCUAGGCUUGACCCUGAUCGAUUCACUGGACACUAUGUGGAUCUUGGACCUAAAAGAAGAAUUUGAAGAAGCUAAGAAGUGGGUUGCUUCAGAGCUUUCCUUCAACAAGAAUGUGGACGUUAAUCUGUUUGAGAGCACCAUUCGCAUCCUGGGAGGCCUGCUCAGCACGUACCAUCUGACGGGGGACUCGCUGUUCCUUGAAAAAGCUAUUGACAUUGGAACCAGGUUGAUGCCAGCAUUCAACACACCUUCCAAAAUUCCAUACUCGGAUGUAAACAUCGGGGCAGGAACAGCCCACCCUCCCCGCUGGACAUCUGAUAGCACGGUUGCCGAGGUUACCAGCAUCCAGCUGGAGUUCAGGGAAUUGAGUCACGUCACCCAGGAUUCACGAUACCAGAUGGCUGUGAACGAGGUCAUGAAGCGGGUGCACAAGCUGGAGGGCAAGCAGGACGGCCUGGUGCCCAUGUUCAUCAACACCAACAACGGGCAGUUCACCCACCUGGGCGUGUUCACGCUAGGCGCCCGCGCCGACAGCUACUACGAGUACCUCCUCAAGCAGUGGAUCCAGGGCGGCAAGAAGGAAACCGAGCUGCUGGAGGACUACCUGCAGGCGAUGGAGGGGGUGAAGAAGCACCUGCUGGGCCACUCCUCUCCCUCUGGCCUCGCCUUCGUCGGGGAACUUUCCCACGGCCACUUCAGCUCCAAAAUGGACCAUCUUGUGUGCUUCCUGCCGGGCACGCUGGCGCUGGGCAACCACCACGGCCUGCCGGUGGAGCACCUGGAGCUGGCCAAGCAGCUGAUGGAGGGCUGCUACCAGAUGUACGUCCAGAUGGAGACGGGCCUUAGCCCCGAGAUCGUCCACUUCAACACGCACCAAGGCAGCACGUCGGACAUCGAUGUGAAGCUUGCAGACAGGCAUAACCUCUUGCGUCCAGAGACGGUGGAGAGCCUCUUCUACCUGUACAGGUUCACCAAGGACAGGAAGUACCAGAGAUGGGGAUGGGAAAUCCUCCAGAACUUCAACAAGUACACAAGAGUUCCCACAGGUGGCUACACUUCCAUAAACAACGUUCGCGAUCCUGAGUACCCAAGUCCGCGGGACAAGAUGGAGAGCUUCUUCCUAGGAGAGACGCUGAAGUACCUCUACCUGCUCUUCUCAGACAACCCUGACCUCAUCAGCCUGGACAAAUACGUCUUCAACACCGAGGCCCACCCUCUGCCUAUCUGGCCUCAGGAGGCGGGCGAGACCGUUUGACGCGCGGUGGGGUGGGGUCCUUUAAACUCACACACACCUCAAUCUCAGGGCUCAGACUGCUUCUCUGUUUUGCUUUAGUUUCCUUUUGAUACCCUUGUUGUGAAACUGUAGUCUCUCACAAGGUGCUUUGUUUUUUCUCUCUCUCUCUCUCUGGGAUUAAUUCCUCAUGUAAUAGAUAAAGAUAAAAAAAAAUUGAGGAAACGAUUGUAUUUCAACCGGAUCUAAGUGCUACGUUCACUUGUGGAUGGUUGCGUGGUGUCACGCUGUCAUCUGUAAUUUCUCAUGUUUUCAUUGGGCCUGAGUGAGAAGCGGUAGCUAUAGGCAACAGAUUGCAAUUCCUCCUUCUCCCCAUAGUGCUGAUCCAGGUGCAUCAGGUUAGUGGCAGAGUAGAAGAGUCAUGAGGUUCCUAGAGGUGUCGGUCAGGUAGAAAGCCGACCCAAUCACAAUACCUUUACAGCUUUUCAUCUUCAGUACAUGGGCUCGGACUUAAAACAACCAUAGUAAGCCAAAUGUGUGUUUGUUUGUUUUUUACUGUGAAUCUGUCUUCAUGUUUUCAUCACAAAGUCUAUAUGCACCAGUUAAGCAUCAUCAAUCAUGAGGGAUAUGCUGCUAUCUUAUUUGUGUGAACCUAAAUGAGCUUCUCUGUUGUUGCCUGUCUAUGAAUUUUUUUGUCUGUUUAUCCAUCUAAUGAUGUAGCGGCCAUUUGUGGUAUUUCGUUUUAGUAUACAGUAUUGAUUUUACAUUCCGCAAUGCAGUUGUUUUGAUUGUGACAGACCUAUUUAUUUCUGUUAUGAAUUAGUUGUGAAAUGAGUAAUGUAUUUCACCCUCACUGCCAUUCCUAUGAUUACUUAAAUUCAGUACUGGUGCCGUUGUGAUAUGUAUGUAUAUACCCCCACUAGAGUUACUCGUUUCAAUGACCAUAUCAACCUAAGAGUUCUAUUUCCUUUUUGAUUGUCUUCUCUGUGCAGCGUACAGGGAGUAUGAUUUGCUUUCUUUCUGUAUUGUGUGAUUUAAAUGUGCUGUAGUUUUCAAAGGGGGGGCAAAAGCGUGUUACUUUACUGGAAUUUAGAAUUUCAGCAUUGAGGUUCUUACUAGAUCAGGACUGGAAAAAUAAUGUCACUCACCAAAAUCAUUUCUAGCACAUUCUUGAGUUUUUUUCCAAGGGGGUGAGAUAUUUUUAUUAAAUAGGGUUGUUUGUUUUUGAAUGUCUUAUAUGUUAACUAUUUGAUGGAUUUUAAAGAUAUAAAAAUGGGAAUCAGGUUUACAUAUAUAGCAUUAUGUGGCUGUUAAACUGUCCCCAGAGUAUGAUUUACUAUGUUUAAUUUAUUUCAGCUGUACCUGUAAAAGGCUAAGCUACUCGACCAUAUCCACAUCCCCGUGACUGAUUUACACUUGUGCCUUUCACACAAUUCUAAGCAGCAUUGGAUGAUAAUCCAUAUGGGAACCAUUGUUAAAAGUUGUGUGUAUAUUUUGACUGUGUUAAAAAAUGUGGUGAUUGCUUGUAGAGUUUAUCAAAACAGACUGAUUUAUGAAUUGUUUGGUAUAAAUAUUCAGGAUGGGAAAACCUUAUGAAUCCAGACAGGGAUGGUGAAUUAAAGGAGAUAUCCAGUUUGGAGCAACCACGAGGAAGAAUUGAAGUAUUUCUCUAAUCCACUGAUUACCACUGAAAUGGUAGAAUAGAUUUGACUCAAACAUACUGUAUCUGUCAAAACGUUUCCCUUGGGUAUACUUUUGAAUGUUGGAAUCACUGUGCUUUUUUUACUGUUUGAUACAUCAAGAGAGAAAGAAAUCUAAAUCACACACAUUUAAGGGCUUCUUGUCUGCCUUCUCUCUGGCUACAGUGUACAAGUCUGACGAGUAUACUUUUCAUCAGUCAGAAACCAGAUGUGCCCGGACCUUGUUUAUUUUCAAAUGAUUGCCAGAGAAUUCAUUUGUGGAAAGAGGACCUAAAGGAAGAAACAUUUCUCUCUCAGCUGUAAUGUCUGCCAGAUAAAUAGUUUCCCUCAUAUCGUAAAUAAUGUAAUUUGGUAUCUUUAUAAUGAGGUUGUUUGUGCCUCUGGGAAAAAAAAGAGUUUGGUGUCUUGUAUUUUUAUGCCAUGAGCUUUGUAUGAUGAAGUUGUGUACAUAUCAAAUGUUUAAUGUCAAGAAAUUAAUUAAAAAAAUGAACCCUUA